AUGAAACAGUUAAAAAGAAAAAGAAAAAGCAAUUUUAGUGUUCAGGAAACUCAAACUCUCCUUAAGGAAAUCAGAAAAAGGAGAGAAGUACUCUUUUCGAAGCAACUUAAUACAACAAUUAAUGAGAUGAAACGGAAAGCUUGGGAGGAAAUAGCAGAGUGUGUCAAUGCAGUAGGUGAAGGAGAGCAGAGAACAGGGACAGAGGUGAAAAGGCGAUACCUUGACUGGAGAGCACUCAUGAAGAGAAAACGUCUGAAUGCAAACAUCAAAGUAGUAGGUGCUGGGUUUCACCUUCCUUCAUCCAAUUUAGAUGACUCUCUCAAUGAAGAUAUGGAUGAGAAAAUGGGAUUUGCAAUUGAAUCUAGUUUUGAAUGGCAAAAUAUCACUGAUUUCAGAGAAGCCGGUGGAUCUUUAACAGAAAUCAAAGUAGAAGAGGAAGAGGAGGAUCCGCAGAAUUUUGAAUUUCCUAUUGAGGAAGAAGAAGAAAUAUUGUCAUCAGUUUUGCCAGAUUCGAAAAAGGAAAAUGACCUGCCAGAUUUCCCCCACAUUGAAGAGUUUGGAAAUCUGAGCUCAGCUCAAGCUAGGUUAGCCUAUGAAGAUUCUCACUUGCUUAUAAAUCUGGAGAAGCAAAAGGUAGAGCUGGAGAAACAGCGACUGGACAUCGAAGCUGAAAGGUUGCAAGUGGAGAAGGAGCGCCUGCAGAUUGAGAAGGAGCGGUUGCGGCACAUUGACUUGGAGCGUGAGAGGCUUCAGAUUGAGAAGGAGCGACUUCAGAUUGAGUGGGAGAAACUCAGGCUAGAGACUCUGCAUGCUGAAAAACCUGCCCUGGAAAAUGACCUCACCCAAACUGAAAAACCCAUAAUGCAGCCUCUGGAUCUAGAAACUGAAAAGUUAAAACUUGAGAAGGAACGUUUACAGUUAGAGAAAGAGAGGCUGCAAUUCCUAAAGUUUGAGUCAGAAAAGCUGCAGAUUGAGAAGGAACGCUUGCAAGUGGAGAAGGAGCGCCUUCGAAUUCAGAGAGAGGGUCACUUGCAGUGA